GUAUAAAAGCAACGUGCUCCGGACCAUUUCUCUACACCAGCAACCGAAAUGAAGCUUUUGAGCUGUGCUGCCCUCCUUUUCCUGGUCCUGGGCUCUGCCCUGGCCUACAAGAGCUACUCAGGGUACCAGGUGCUGAAGACGGCGCCCCUGACCGCGGCCGCCAUGCCCUACAUCAACAGGAUGAGCCAGCGCUUCGACUUCUGGGGCACCCCCGGCGUCGGAAGGCCGGCCACCGUGAUGGUGUCCCCUGAGGAGGCGCCCGUCGUGGUCGCGGCCUUCAACAGGAUGCGCGUUGCCCACGAGGUCUUGGUCGCAGACCUCGGACCGGUUGUGGAAAAACAGCACGCAGAACGAGAAGCCCUGAAGAAGGCCCAUCCUGGAAGUCCGCGUGCGGCGGCGUACGACCGCUUCCUGGACUACAUGGAGGUGCACAUGUUCAUCCACGAAGUCAUGGACACCUACUACGACAUCACCCACCAUCUGGACCUGGCCAACACCACCCUGGGACAGGGCAUGCACGGCAUCAAGAUCUCGAACGGCCAGCCCGGACAGAAGGCCGUGUGGUUCGACUGCGCCAUCCACGCCCGCGAGUGGCUCUCGACGCCCGUCUGCCUGAGGAUCAUCGACGAGGUCGUCGCCAACCCUGCCCUCAGGGACCUGGCCGACUGGUACAUCCUGCCCGUCGCCAACCCUGACGGAUAUGACUACUCCUUCACUGAUGAUCGAUUCUGGAGGAAGACCCGCAGUCCUAACCCUGACGCCAACUGCCCUGGCACCGACCCGAACCGAAACUUCGACUUCCUUUGGGAUGCUGGCAACCCUACCGACUACUGCUCUGAGGUUUACCCUGGCACCGGCGCCUUUUCCGAACCUGAGGUCAAGGGCAUCGGCAACCUGAUCCUGGACAUUGCCGACAACCUCGUGCUCUACGUCGCCGUCCACAGCUACGGAGAGAUGAUCUUGUACCCUUACGGACACACUGUUGAGCCCGUCCCCAAUGUGGAUCAACUGAUUGCCGCUGGAACCGCGUCGGCGGACGCGAUCGCCGCCGUCGCCGGCACCGCUUACACCGUCGAGAACUCUGCCUCUGGCCUUUACUUCACGUACGGCGCGAGUGACGACUUUGCGUACGGCAGAGGCGCCGUCGAGUUCGCCUACACGUUCGAGCUGAGCGCCGGCGGAUCCGGAGGCUUCGACCCUCCAGCCUCCCAAAUCCAGCCAACAGUCGACGAGGUCUGGCCCGGAAUUUUGGCUCUUGUUGAAUACGUUCUUGCUAACUAACUGCUGAUAACUUCCAUAAAUAAAUUGUUGAAAGCACUAGGCUAUUAGAAACA